AUGGCCAUUAGCGUUGUAUACGAGGGGUCUCAUGACCGUCUGCAUUCCGCAGUCCACCCACCUAGCAUGAUUGCCCACCACCUGGGAAACUCCCCUCCUACGGUGCUCGCAUGCCUCGCCAGGUUCCGCGACUGCCAGGAGCGUCUGAGUGGUCCAGAGCCGCCAUCGGUUCUGUGGUCAGCAUGCUCUAAGUGGAGACGUCCCCAGGGGCUUUGAUGGGCUCUGGGAGACUAGGGCGUUGUUAGUGUUCGAGUCCUUUGGAGGCUAUUUGACGAGCGUCAUCAAGAUCACGGUCUCGUGGUGAGGUGCUAGCCAUCCAUGUGCCGUGGCCGCAUCGGCUUUUGGCGUGACCUCGCCUGUCAUUCCAAAACGGUAUAUCCGCCCGUCUGUGCAAGAUUUAUCUUCCGUUUCGACACCGAAUGGCUUGGUUGUUGUAUUUAAACCGAACCCACGGGCAUAAAGCACUUCGGCACUGUAUCCGUACGGUUAGUCUUUCUAGAUUGACGUCAUCAGCAUGGCGUCUGGCCCAUUGAUUGGCCUUAGGCAGAUCACCGUUGGCGUUGACACUUAGUAACCCUGUAUCCACAUUGACCACCAUUUAAUCAAGCCUCGACACCACCAAUCGCCGCCCAGCCAUCCUACUAUCCAGCCACUGGCCGCUGACGACUCUAUAGCUCAUGAGGGACGGGAAUGUCUGUUGCGGUUGCACUGGGAUAAAAAGAUCCGAAGGCAAGCGGAUAUCCAUGCUGUGCGUCCACUUAAGGUUCAUCCAACGGCAUGCCCCCCAAACUAUCUAAGUCAGGCCUCAGCUCCUUCGAAAAUCCAAUAUCAAUCAGGAUUCGGGUGGCUCCUGUGGAUGAACCGUUAGGGCACAACAACAACAACCUUUAACCACUGCUUCAUUGGAUAUCUAUUGAGGUUCCAAAGUUUCAGACGUCAGGGAUCCACCCAGCCUCACCGUGCCACGGCCCCGCAGGUGCAUGUGCUCAGUGUAAUAAAGCGUCCGUCGUCAUCUCGACUUUCAACAUCAGAUGGGAACCGACCAUGAAGGAAAACCCAGUCGGUUCGGGCCAAUGCCAGGGGAGUUGCAGGGGCUGUUAACUAUCUGCUCUGCCCGACAUCACCCUUGUCGCUAACGUUGCUUUUUGAUCGAUAGAUUGAACACUGGUAACAUUGGGGCAUCUAAAGAUCUGGCGACGUGAUAAUCCCUGGAUAUUUGUUGCCAAGUACGGGAAUGUUGUUGUACUUGCGCUGCUGGCUCAACAAACAGACAUGCUUCGGCAAGCAGACACCUCAACACGCUUGCUAGGCUGUCUUGUUAGCUUCGUCGUGCAUGGAUAAAGGACCUCAAGUCAAGGAGGUUUCAGAUGAGACGGGAUGGAAGAGGCAACUUGCUGUACGUAGGGUGAGGUGAGGUGACAUUACAUCUGCUGGUUGUUGGCGAAUUGAAGUUCAGUUGGGCCAGACCACUUUGGAAAUCAUGUGAACUAAAAAUGCUCGCUGGGCUAUCGGUUAUACUUGAAACCGGGUGUAUAUCAUCUCCAAGAACAUUCGAAUGCCUAUUGUAUGUCGAUCCGAGUUUGACUUCUCAAUUUCACCCAGGAUUCCGCGAGUAUUUCUAAUACUAUCAAGUUGCAGUAUAUCGAUCACUGCGUCGUUUGUUGAAGACAGCACCCCCCAUGUAUCUUCAGGAUACUAGGUGCCAGUUAAUGAUCAGUGCUUUAUUACAUUGCCGAGCCCACCGGGGGACCUAUGAAUCUACCUAGAUACCUAGGUGUGCAUGCAGUACAUGCUUUUGUUCCUAUUGUUUCUGUUACUUGUAUCCGUUUAUCGUUGAAUUCCUGGCCGCUUCCGCUACCUUAUGAUGCAAAUAGGUAGGGUAAGAAUCGACUUAUUUCAACUCAGAUUGAGGCGGUCUUUCUUCUCUAAUUUCUUGCGGUAUACUGAGUCUUUUAUGAUGACUACCAAUCGAAUAUGAUGGUUCACGAUAUUCUCAAAAUGAUUUCAGCUUGUCCUGUCCUUCGUGAGGAGUGCAUAUAUCCCUUGCUUUGGCACGGGGGACAAAAUCGAUCCUUCUGUUCAGCACGACCUGU